UUGAAUUCAAAUUAUAGAUUAUAUAGUUGCUGCAAUUGUAUAUAUCCGCAAGCCGUAAUUUAUCUUUGAAAGGGUUGAGAUUAAAGGGACUCAAACAAAGUCCCAUUGCAGAACCCAACUUGUGCCUUCUGUGUUUUAGCUCUGUUUCUUCACUGUGUUUGUGCUUUGAUAUGUGAUUUGCCUGAGAAUUUUGGAACAAAACUUGCAGCAGUAAUCAGUCAACCAAAAUGACGACUACCUGUGACCCCAAAUUGAGCAUGAAGCUUUUGAUCGACACCAAGGCCCGUAGAGUCCUAUUUGCCGAGGCUGAAAAGGAUUGUGUUGAUUUCCUAUUUCACAUUCUCUCAGUGCCUGUGGGCACUGUCAUUAGGCUUCUCAAGGAGAAAGGAAUGAGCGGAUGCUUGCCUAAACUCUACGAAAGCGUUGAAAAUCUGAAUGACACUUAUAUCCAAUCGAAAGAAUGCAAGGAUAUCCUUUUAAAACCGAAGUCUUCACUUGGGACAAUCUCUUCAGUUCCUUUUCUAUUUCUUAAUAACGUCCCAGUCCCGACUCAAAAGACCUUUUAUGGAUGUAGCUACGCUUCUUCCCACACAAAAGUGUCUGAUGAUCCUAGUGCUAUCUGUCCAGAUUGUGGGAGAAAUACGUUGUCAAGAAAGUUGUCGUAUUUUGCUCCACAGGGAGUGAAGGAACCUGUGGCAGCUACAAAGGGUUUUGUGAAGGAGGUAGUGACAUACAUGGUGAUGGAUGACUUGGAGGUUAAGCCUAUGUCCGCCAUUUCUAGCAUUGCCCUUCUCAACAAGUUUAAUGUCAAGGAUGUUGGUGUGCUGCAGGAGCAAGUAGUAAGUUUUGGAAUGGAAGAGGCGCUGGAGUUGCUGAAGGCAUCUUUCGAGUCGAAAACAGUUCUGACGAAUGUUUUCAUGAGCCAUAUAAAAGUGGAGAUAUAGUAGUUACUCACUAGACACAGGGGAGUUGGAAUUUUCAGUUUAUUAAUUGCAAUAUGAGUGGUUUUUCUUUUGUUUCAUUCUCGCUUGAGCUGAUCCUGAUUUUUAGGUUCAUCUACCGUUAAUGUGAUUAAGUCGUACAGUUGUCUAGCUUGGUUUUCGAGGCCUAAAUAUCCUUUUACAAG